AUCUUUGUAUAAUUACGCAACCGCUUCUAAGCUGCUCGGGCCUCUGCUCGCCCCGCAAAGCUAAAAGCGCCUGACGCUGUCGAUGCCUCGGCCAAUGAUUAGCAACGCCGAUGAAUCCUGACCGAAUGAUUACAAUCGCCCCGUGUGCGAAUGCCAGGCAGGCGACAAAAGACGCGAGGUCAGAUCAGGGGAAACACUUUGCAUUGCUUUUACCGUGACGGAACAGUCUGGCGAAGAUGUCCACUAGUGGCGUGCCUAGAAACUUGAAAGAUGUUGUUCGACACUUCACCCCGGCAUGGUUCACCGUUGUCAUGGGAACUGGCGCAGUCUCCGCUCUUUUCAACAAUUAUCCCUACGCACACGGGUCCUCUCCCAUGAAAAUAUUAUCCGUAAUAUUCUUCUUACUCAACGUCGUUCUCUUUGUCCUCUUCAAUCUGUUCACUAUCUGUCGCUACACCUUCUGGCCUGAGAUCUGGCCGAAAAUGCUCCGACAUCCCGUACAGAGUCUGUUUCUCGGGACAUAUCCCAUGGGCUUAGCUACUAUCCUCAACGUCGCGGCAGCGUUGGUCAGUGUAGAGUAUAGAUUUGGCGGUAAUGCAUUCCUCUAUUUCGUCUGGGCCUGCUGGUGGUUCGACGUCGUGCUGUCCUUCACCUGCGCAUUCCCGCUCAUGCACAUCAUGUUUACCGUACACAAAACUCAAUUAAGCGACGCAACCACCGUCUGGAUGAUUCCUCCCGCGACCUUAGUCGUCGCCUCGUCCUCUGGCGGGAUCCUAGCCUCCGCUCUCCAACCCAUCAACCCCUCACACGCCCUCGUCACCCUCGUCGUCACCACGUUCAUGCUCAUCACCGGGCUCGUCCUCGACUUCACGGUCUACACCAUCUACUUCCAGCGCCUCCUCCUCCACGGACCGCCCGCCGCCUCCGCCGUCCUCACCACCGUCAUCGCGCUCGGGCCGACUGGGCAGGGCGGGUACGCCAUCACCCUCGUCGGGCAGAACUUUAAGACGAUGCUCCCGCUGGACUAUGGCGACUCGCCGUUCAUGCGGAGCGAGACUGCCGGGGAGACGGUAUACGUCAUUUGCGUAUGCCUGGCGUUUGGGAUGUGGGCGAUUACGACGAUGUGGCUCUUCUAUGCGCUGCUUGCCCUGCAGGAGGCAGUGAGGGAGGCCAGGAUUCCGUUUGGCCUUCAGUAUUGGGGCGCGGUAUUCCCUAACGGAGUGUAUGCCAACCUGACGAUCGCGCUCUAUAACAUUCUCGACUCCAAGUUCUUUCAGAUAUGGGGUGCCAUCUACGCCGCGAUAACCAUCGCUCUCUGGGUCGUCCUCCUGUUGAAAACGCUGCCGAUGGUCUAUAAGCGGACUAUAUUCAGCGCACCGGAAUUGAUCCCGAUCGAUGGCUCAGCAGAGGUGGAGAAGGAGGAACAGCGCCGCAUGGAGGCUAAGCAAAGAGAGAGCGGUCAGUUCGUGUGCCGUAUAGCUACGGAGCGCGAGGAACCGUGAAGUCCAACAAGUGUGUUUGUAGAAUAGUUCAUAGACAGACGGACCCUCUGAUGCAUCGCGAGGCAGAAAUGCGGUUACACAGACAAUCUUCAAUUAAUAUACACCUAAUAAUACUAUUCUCUACUAAAAUACCAUUUC